GCACUGUCGCUAAAUAGUUACACCGCACGUCAAGUCGGAGGUAAUUCGAUCAUUCGCAACCCGGGACGCGCUCAGCGGCACGCAGAACAGUCGGCGGCCGCGAUUUGGGACGCUUUGAGCCGGCGUUAGACGCCCCCUGACCACGCGCGCCUCCUCCGGCAGAUGCGGAUGCUCUUUUGGCCCGGAGCCGGCCAGCUGAGGUGAAGGCGAGGUCACAGUGUGGAUGAGCCGCCCGGCCAACGAGGACCAUGAUCUGAACGCUCGCUCGUCCUCUCUUCUUUCUCCACCGUCAUCACCGAGUAAACGGCUCCCGCGUCCGGCAGGAAGUGUUUAAACGCACCAGCGGGAAGUGGAAGAAGAUUCGGCCGUCACCUGACACCCCCCCACCCCGCCUCCGCCGCCGCCACAUCAACAUGGGGAGGAAAAAGAUUCAGAUUCAGAGGAUCACCGAUGAGCGCAACAGACAGGUGACCUUCACCAAAAGGAAAUUUGGCUUAAUGAAGAAAGCGUACGAACUGAGCGUGCUGUGCGACUGCGAGAUCGCCCUCAUCAUCUUCAACCACUCCAACAAGCUCUUCCAGUACGCCAGCACCGACAUGGACAAGGUGCUGCUCAAGUACACCGAGUACAACGAGCCGCACGAGAGUCGGACCAACGCUGACAUCAUCGAGACCUUGCGAAAGAAAUCAUUUAACGGCUGCAACAGCCCCGAGCCCGACGGCGACGACUCCAUCGACCAAAGCCCGUUAAACGACGACAAGUACCGCAACAAGACGGACGACCUGGAUACCCUCUUCAAGCGCUACGGCGCUCUGAACAAGAAAGAGCACCGGGACUCUGAGAGCCCGGACCCCGAGGAGCCCUUCUCGCUCACGCCGCGCACUGAGGAGAAGUACAAAAAAAUUGACGAGGAGUUUGAUAAAAUGAUGCGCAACUAUAGGCUGUCAGCCGCCGUCCCGCAGCCGACCUUCUCCAUCCCCGUCACAGUCCCGGUGUCCAAUCAGAGCGCCCCGCCGGCGCAACCGGCUACCCUCCACUUCAGCAACAACCCGGGCGGCACCUUGGUCACCACCACCUCCUUCAUCAACGCCGCCCUCUCGGACCCCCGCCUGCUUUCGCCGCAGCAGCCCGCCCUGCAGAGGAACAGCGUCUCGCCGGGACUGCCGCAGCGACCCGCCAGCGCAGGUGCACUCCUCACAGGAGAUCUGGGAAACUCCAACGGAGCGUGCCCGAGUCCAGUCCCUAACGGCUACAUUAGCGCCCGGGCCUCGCCAGGCCUCCUGUCUGUCUCCAAUGGCAACAACAGCAACCUGGUCAAAGUGGUUCCAGCCAAGUCCCCGCCUCCUGCCAGUCCUCAGAUGGUCAGCGCUCGCAAACCCGACCUGCGGGUCAUCACCUCGCAAGGUGGAAAGAGCCUCAUGCAGCUGACAGAAGAGCUGGAGCUGGUCAACGAGAAUGCUCAGCGGCUAGGCAGCUCCCAAGUGCAGCAGCCCCUUACCACCCCGGUGGUUUCCGUGGCGACGCCCAGCCUCUUGGCGCCCUUCUCCGCCAUGCAGACGGCUUACAACACUGAGUACCAGCUGACGAGCGCCGACCUGACGGCCCUGCAGACGUUCACGCCGGCGGGCCUGGUGCCCGGCAACAUGGCUGCCUGGCAACAGCAGCCGACAGUCACCCAGCAACAGGCGGCGCCGCCCAUCAGCCUGGCGUCGCUUACCAACCUAGUCAUGUGGGGUUCAGACAAACAGAGUGCAGAGAUGGCUAACUCCAACAUUGCUGCUAACCUCAGGCCGAUGGCUCCCCUCCCUCAGGGCACCUUGACGGUCAACACCAACCCUCACGUCAACAUCAAGUCCGAGCCCGUGUCGCCCAAUCGGGACCGCAGCACUCCCUGCCCCACCUUGGGCAGCGGCAUUCAAGUCCACGGGCAGGUGGUGCCGUCGUACUCCUCCACCGUCCAGGGCCGCUCUCCCGUCGACAGCCUGAGCAGCAACGGCAGCUCGUACGACGGCAGCGACCGGGACGACGGCCAUGGUCGGGGCGGCGGCGGGGGUCCGGACUACCAUCUCCACCAGCAGCCCGGCGUCCAGCAACCCACCAUGAUGCUGCUGCGGCCCGCCUCCACCGAGCCUCCGGAACAGGACAACGUGAAGAGGAUGAGGUUGGAUACGUGGGUCACAUAAAAUGCCGGUGCCAUGCCGGGCCGGACAGAACCAAUUGAGGCCCUUGCCCUCCCCCCCCUCCCAAAAAAACAUUACUACACACACCAGCCCCAGAAUUUCACAUACGCAUGCUUAACACUUGGGCACACAUUCACAUACACAACUCACAAAAAAAUUGGGGAGAUUUGUCAGGAUGAACCUAGAAUGCUCUAAUUUGACCUCUGAACUUUUGAAGUCAGUAUUUUCUUUUUCAGAAUUUUCACCCGUGACCAGCAAGUUGUACAAAAAGAAAGACUGAGCAUUCAAAAGUUGAGCAAAAGUCAAAUUAAGUUUACCUGGAAAGGUUUCAGAGCAUUUGUAGGGUCUUUCUGAAGUCACACCCACAAAUACUAAUGCCCCAAACUUUUUGUCAUCACGGGUCGACUUCAUAUUUGUCUCUUUCACUCGGGACAGCACGACGGGAAAAAGCCAGUUUUAAUAUGUAGUGCAAAAGGGGCUCAUGCGGUUGGUUUCCCAGCAUGCCUUGCGUGUCGCCAUCCAUCUCCAGAGUAGAUCAAGCCAAUGAUGGAAAACUGCCCCCCCUAAAAACCAGACUGAUGACACCCCUGACUCUUGGGCUGCCCUCACACUGUCAGCAAUUUGUAAAUGAGCUGGUUUGAAAAUCAUUUUUCUCUUCUCUGAUUGGCCACAAGCUGUUGCUUUGCCAGACCAAUCAGAGAAGAGAAAGCCAUCACAUGGUUUUGCUGCCUCUUUUUAAUCAUGUCAACACGAAUAGACGUUGCUUACAAAUCAGACAGCAGGGAUGUGAUUUAAUUAAUCCAAUGAUUAGUCGGCUAAUUGAGGCAGGAAAACAGCAUUAAUUGGAAUGAUUUGUUGCCAUGACAACAACAGAAUCAGGGAGGCAUGUGGUAACGCACAAAGUGAACCACAUUGGGGGACUGUACAUAAACUGCGUGCGCGUGUGUGUGUGUGACAAGUUUGAAUCAUGUUAUUGAUAAUAAUAGUAGAUGAUUGUACAUAUGAGCUCAGUAUUUGGCAGGAAGUAAGGACAACAAAAAACGGAUUCUCAGUGGAACUCCUUUUUUAAUAAUUCUUUAUGGCUAUGUGCGUGUGUGUGUGUACAGUACACGAUAUAAAAGUGUAGUUUGUCGACCAUGCAACAGAGGGCGCUAUAGAGGCAGAAAAGGGACUCGAUGUUGGAGCGCACUUUUUACACUUAAACACACGUGCACACAUAUCAAUGCAAAGGUUCCCUCCGUCCACGUGUUUGUAUACUUUUUGACGUUCUACGAUUAGAUUAUGAAGUUAACAACCCUCUGAUUGGAGGUUUCGAUGGUGACAAGUUUAAAUUAUAAGAGUUUUGUAAGAAUUGCAGCUAUUUCCCCCCAAAGUUUCAGUUGUGUUGCAUGUCCUUUUAAAAAAAAAAAUCAAAAAGGGAAAAAAA